CGCUCGAAUAUUUUACCACAAAUAUAUUCCAUUCAAACCAUACACUUCUUCUCAUGCGGGCCAUUUCAAUGGCGCGCGAGAUGUUUUAACAUACAGGAUCUGGCAAAUUAAUCACAGAACAACAGCAAAGUUGGAGAGGAAGAGAUGUCCGAUGGCGACCAUGCUCGUUCGCCGUCCUCCUCCUUUCACUUUGUUGCCGGCCUAGGCUCUGGUCUACUCUCGGCAGUGUUACUUCAGCCUGCCGAUCUUUUGAAGACCCGGGUUCAGCAAUCUCGCUCAGCAUCUUUAAUCGCUACUCUUCAGGAAAUAUCGAAGGGCCCUCAACCUCUGCAACAGUUGUGGCGGGGCACAAUACCUUCUGCGUUACGCACUGGUUUCGGUUCAGCUGUUUACUUUACAACUCUGAAUGCUCUUAGACAAGGAUUUUCCCACUCAAAGCUUCCACCACCGCGCUCCGAUCGCGAUGCAAACCCUUCCGUACUUCGGCAUUCUUCAUCGCUUCCGAAAUUGUCCAAUCUUGCAAACUUAUCUGUUGGAGCUAUUGCUAGGACAUCAGCUGGAUUUCUUAUGAUGCCAAUCACGGUUAUCAAAGUUCGGUAUGAGAGUAAUCUCUAUGCGUACCGCUCUCUUUGGGCCGCCGGUUCCGACAUAAUUACCAAAGAGGGACCAAGAGGUUUCUUUUCGGGAUUUGGUGCUACGGCCAUUAGAGAUGCGCCGUAUGCGGGUUUAUAUGUUCUCUUCUACGAGCAGUGUAAACGGCGUUUGAGCCUCUUUGUUCAACCAUCGGUUGCCGCGAAUCAGUCACAGGCUCUCGGGGCUGAUGGGAUGCGGGGAAGCACCUCUGCCUCCAUCAACUUUCUAUCUGGCAUCAUUGCAGCUGCACUGGCGACUACUAUCACAAAUCCUUUCGAUGCUAUCAAAACGAGAAUACAAUUGAUGCCCGAGGAAUACACCAACAUGCUCAAGGCGGGAAAAAAGAUGAUCGGACAGGAAGGUUUCAGGAGCUUAUUAGAUGGAUUAGGGUUAAGAAUGACCAGAAAAGCUCUCAGCUCAGCACUAGCUUGGACUCUAUAUGAGGAAUUGGUUCGACAAGGUGGUAAAAAAUGGCGUGAGCCCAAGGAACAUGUUCUUUGAGCUCAACGUUCCACAAUCUUACGUUCCUGAAAAAGGAAGGAUGCCGAAACCGGGCCCAGGAAGCGCCUUAUACUUGUCUUUUCCUAAAUGAAAAAAUUUUGGCAGAUGUAAAUAUUUGACUAGAAAGUCUUUUCAGAUUAGAUUCAGUCCUAAUUUCAAGGUUCUCUUCACUCUAGGAAACUUGGAAUCGUUUGUUCUACUAUUCAUGGCUUUGAAAUUACCUGAAAGUAACUCUAGCGAACCAUGUCCUCGAUGGUCC